UAAGGUCUGAGAAUGGCCCUCUGAAAUGCUAAUCGCUAAUGCUUAUUCUGUAUGCUGUCUGUCUGCAGGUGAAUAUGAUGACAGAUCUGGAGGGUAGCGACAUGCUCGCGGAGAAGGCAGACAGGAGAGAGUUCAUCGACUUGUUGACCAAGAUGCUGACAAUCGACGCGGACAAAAGGAUCACCCCCAUCGAAACCCUCAAUCACCCCUUCAUAACCAUGACCCACCUCCUCCCCCACAGUACACAGUACGUCUAUUCUAGAGAUUCCACCCCAUAUCUCAUGGAGAUAGUUAGAUAGGUAAAAGAUAACUGGGCAAAAUCACAAUGAGGCAGUCUCAUACUCACCUCUCUCCCUCCCUCUCUCUCACUCCAGUGUCAAGUCCUGCUUCCAGAACAUGGACAUCUGUAAGCGUCGUGUGGGCAUGUACGACACGGUCAACCAGAGCAAGACCCCCUUCAUCACCCACGUGGCCCCCAGCACCUCCACCAACCUCACCAUGACCUUCAACAACCAGCUCAACACUGUGCACAGCCAGGUACCUACUGUACACAGUGUGGAUGAUUUUACUUAACAUACUCAUCACCAUUCAUACACAGGACGUACAAUCAGCUACUGUUGGGGGUGACCAGCACUAACCAUAACCAGGACAUGUAACAAGCUAAUACAGUACUAGAGACAGAUCAGUACGUAGCGUAUGCACCACUACCAGUGUGUAAUACAUCCUGCAAAAAAUUAUGUGUAAUUAGGAAGUCCCCGGGAUGCCACGAAAUGGUCGCUUAAAGUCAUCAGUACAUUGUGUCACGUCCCCUGGAGGUUUUGUCUACUUCCCAGUUGGUCCCGGGGAUGUCCCAGAGGACAUUCUUUGGGACAUUCUGUCAUGGUCCCCUGGAGGUUUUGUCUACUUCCCAGUUGGUCCCGGGGAUGUCCCAGAGGACAUUCUUUGGGACGUUCUGUCAUGGUCCCCUGGAGGUUUUGUCUAGUCCCCAGUCUGUCUCUUUUUGUCUGUGUGCUUUUCUCCUGUAAACUGCAAGAUUAACUUCAAGCAAACCAUUAGGAAAUGUAGCUGGCGACAUUCUUUCUAUGAUAAACAUUAGAAAUAUGAUGGCCAUGCAUUAUUUUUGCAAAAAAGACGUGGUAAGCUAAUUUACUUAUGUGUGGCUGCUAGCCAAAUAGCGUUACACUUUUCUGAUGAAAAUUAAGCUAUUUUUGCCGAAUGUGUUGCACUGAUGUAUUUUGAGUGAAGGAAAAAUAUAGUUUCACGCCACUGAUCACUACUGAAGAAAAAAAAAACACUAUUGACUUUCAAUAUAAAACGCAGGUUGAAUGGUUUAUAAUGCAGAUUUUAGUAAAAUAAAAGUCCUGAGAAUGUCCUAAAAAGGUCCUGACAUGGUCCUCAGUGACGUCAUGGGAACUUACAGGGAACUAGACAAAAGGUUCCCCAAAGAAUGUUCCCUUGGGACCAUCACGCUACGUCCUAAGGACUAGUAAAAUGGACGUCCUGAGAACGUCCUUAUAAGGUCCUGACAUGGUCCUCAGUGACGCCAGAGGGGUAACGUUGCGCCGAAACCCUUAAUGUACCUAAUGGGAACGUCACCUAAUGUCCUCAGGACGUCCCCUGUUUUCUGGGCAACCACUAGAUUACUUGGUUAGUGUGUUUUUUCAGGCUAACACUUUACACAGCACAGUACGCACAAUCAGCCCACCACUUUAUUUGAAAGCAAUGCAUUGACCACUUGCAAGAAAACACUCCCUAUAGUAGAAUGCUAAAGGAGCCUAUUAAGGCCAAGACAGCCAAGCUAGGUGUCUGUCUGUGCCUAAGGCCCAUUGGGGACUGUCACAAACUGCUGAAGAGAUACAUGACAAACUUACACUUCCUGCUUGGCUUGCAGUUUAGUGCUUUUCAGGCCUUAAAAAUCCCACCAGCCGGCUUCCUCCUCUUCCUCCUCUCCUCCUCCUGUUUCUCUCAAUUUUUCCUUUGGUUCUUCAGCACUUCAGGCUUUGUGGGCUGUAUGUGACUCUAAACUGCUGACUUUUGCUUCUGCUGGAAUCAUGAAAUGGCUGCAUACUUAAGUUUUUCCGAUUGUGCUGAAUUAGAUUUGCAGCUCUCAUUUUUCUGGUAAACAGUGUUCUUUAUCACCAACAAUAUUGACAGGCACAGAACCCACUCUGUGCAGAACGAGGUCAAACCUAGACUGCGCUGUAAUAAAUAGCUUAACGUACAUUUUUCUACUUCGUCAUCAGAGCGACUUGGUUCAGUGUGAUAUGAGCAGCGCUAAGUAAGUGAUUUAUUUAGCCAGGGAACAUUGAAAUGUCUUCGAGUUUUUUAUUUGCAGGCUCUCUCAUUGUUGUGUAUGAUGAAUUCCACACUUGCAUAUUGAUUAACUUCUCUCCCCCGGUGUUCAUCGAGCUCGCUAAGAAGUGCAAAAUGAAAAAUUAGCGUGCUGUUUCUGAAUUCUUAACCACUCAGGCUUAAUGAAAAGAGCUAAUUAAUCCGGGUGUUGUCGAACAAAUAGUAUUUCAGUUCAGAUCUGAGCGCACUGCAUGUCUUUAAAAGCAUUUGUUCCUAUCAAAGCUAUCUUUAAGCCUUACUUAGGCCUCAUUGAUGGUCUCCCCAUGUCCAAGGUCGUAUUGAUUAGGCACCAAACGGAAGAAAACAGACUAAAACAGGGAGGGACUACCUGAACUUGUCCAUUAAGAACCCUCGUUUUCCGUUGCAAACUGUUUUGAUACGGUAUGCCCUAAUGAAUACGACCCAGGUUUACAACAGUUUACGCAAUUAGCAAGUGCCUGACAUCUUCGAAAUAUGGCUGCUCAAGGAUAGAGAUGUGGAGUCAAGGUAGUGAAGCCGAGAGACUAAAUGUCAGUUUGCCCUGCAACUACUCUGCUCAUUAUUAGACUUUGUUAAGCAACAUUACAAUUUUAAGAGCAUUGCAUAAGCCUUGAUUCUUUCACUUAGGAAUCCAGUUGGCUCUUUCAAUGUUGACCCUUCACAGAGAUAAUUGCGUGUCUUGAGUACUGGGUCCAGGAUGAUUUGGGUGCGUUGAGACAUAUUGUUGUGUAGCCAGGGCGAGGACAAAGACACUGAAGGGAGAAAGGAUCUGUCAUUUGGUCUCGUCUCUAUAUCACAGUCUCCUUUAACCUGGGUUUUAUUCAUUAGGCUCACUGUAGCAAAAUGUAGCAAAACGUUUUGCAACGGAAAACAAAAACAAGUGUUUCUUAUUGGACAAGCUCAGGUAGUCCCUCUUUGUUUCAGUCCAGUUUCAUCUGUUUGGUGCCUUAUGAAUACAUCCCAGAUCAGAGUGUUUCUGUGUGGUUCCUACAGUGCUUCAUUAAAGCCUCUGAGUGUGUAUGUACAUGUAUGUGGAUAUUUAGUUGUGUACACAAUACAUUGAGAGAAUCUCUAUUGACAUGCAUACUUGUGGCAGCUCUAACAGUAUAUGUGUAUGUAUAUGUGCAGUAUGGACAAAUAAGCCUCUGUGGCUCAAUGUACUGUUUAUGUACAGUAAUUACAGCACUAUCAAAUAAUAGGUUGGUGAUGGAAGUGAUUUGUAACAUUGAGUGUUGACUCUUUGGCGAAGGUAUUGAUCACCAGCAUUCUCUCUCUUUCCAUCACAUACUCUAUUUCUCUCUUUCUCUCAGUUCUCUCACUCUAUUCACUGAAAUGCAGCAUGUACAGUACGUUAAAGCUGUAGACAUAUUCUGAGAAAUAUCACACUAAUAUUUAUAGUAUUCUGAGAGAUAUUACAAAGCCCUAAUUUUGUCCUUUGAUGAUAGUAUCCCCCCCGCCCCCACCAACCUUCAUAACCUUUUGACCUUACCACCACCACCCAACAUUUCCUCAAGGCUUUUUGUUUCGAUCGCAUUGUUCCUUUAGGCCACCAACCUGGCUCCCUCCACCACCAGUGCCACCCUUUCCCUUGCCAACCCCGAAGUCUCCAUACUAAACUACCAAUCUGCACUCUACCAGCCCUCCGCGGCCUCUAUGGCUGCCGUGGCCCAAAGGAGCAUGCCUCUGCAGCCCGGGGCCCCUCAGCUCUGUGCUGCCCGGCCUGACCCCUUCCAGCAGGCCCUCAUCGUCUGUCCACCAGGCUUCCAAGGUAAGAGAUUAAACCAACACAGUGUAUGCUGGUUAAAAAGGCCACAGUUCUAGAAUCAGCUUACUCUAUCCCUGAUCUUAACCUUAACCAUUGGGGGGUGAACAAAUAUCUGAUCCUGUAUCAGUGGUUAGGUGUCUGUAAUGAGUGAUUGUUUGCUGCCAUCUUGGAACAGGUUUACUUUGAAAAAACAUCAGAUAAAAGAUUUCAACAGGAUUACCUCUAUACAUAAAUGCUAAAUGAGUGUAUAAAAAAUAGCCCCUAUAGGCCUUUCUAUAGUCAACAGUGCUUGACUUGGGCAGGAGCUCACCGGAGCUGAGUACCGGCACCUCAAAUGUUCUACUGCUUGAGCUCCUGUUCGUCUUAUAGAAUAUUAGCUCAAAAGUAAAUAUAAACAGUACCUGCACCCAAAAUGAGUAACGACACCUAUUUCAGUCCAAGUCAAGCACUGCCUGUCAAAGGCUCAGUCAGUUUCAGUAGAGUAGAUCAGCACUGUCUGGCAACAGGGAGUUUUGUUUUCUCCUGAGGAGAGAAGGGCUUAUCAAGCUGUGAGCAGGCACUGCACUACACUGGCUGUGUAGACCUUUUGUUCUGUAACUUCCACUGACCCCCCAAGGCAACGGCAGUCUUCAUGUUUAAAAGAGAUGCUAUGAUACAUUUAUGAGCUAAUUAGUCAUAUAAAAAUGCAUUUAUCUGUGAUUUAUGUUUUUGCACCACCACUCUGGUCUAACCUCUGUUUGUGAGGUUAAGACUGAAAUAAACAUUAUUUUUGUUUGGUUUCUGUGGAACGGCGGAUAAGAAUUUCCAUUUCCUGUUUGCGGCACUCAACCAACGGUUAUACAGAUGUAAUUUAUGUUGCCAUUACUACCUUUUUGUUUUCAAGGUGAAUCAGUAAUUGAGUACAGUAUCACUAUAAACUAAAAAACUGUUUUAAAAUGAGUAUUUCUUAAUUAACAAUUUUGCCAUCAUUGUUUCUCCCAAGGUGCAGGCCUUUUUGUGUGACACGUAGAGUAUUGUUGUUGUUAUUGUUGUUGUUGACCUCAUCUAUGUUGUUGUGUGUGUCCUCAGGGCUGCAGGCCUCCCCGUCCAAACACACAGGCUACUCUGUGCGGAUGGAGAACGCCGUUCCCAUAGUGACGCAGGCCCCCGGCGCUCAGCCGCUGCAGAUCCAGCCAGGCCUGUUGACACAGGUAGGGAGUAGUGACUCAGCCCGUCAUCGUGGAGAUCAGGGGGCCCACAUAUAGUCCCUUAAUCCCAGCUAACAAGGAACGUAACUGAGACAUUUGUAACAUUCCCCUUACGUCUUCCAGAGGUACUGAAUGUCAAAGCCCAUUUGGUACAUUAUAGGCACAUUCAUAACAUUUCUAAUAAGUAUUAUAGAGGUUAUAAAUAUCAGGUCGCUAUACAGACAUCAUGGGAACAUUAAAAACGUUACUUGGUAGUCCAUGAAAGGUUCUGAAUAUCAUGUUAUUUUGGAGAUAUCCUAGGAACAUUUCAUAACGUUACAUUUAGAGCUAUGGUUUGUCUUCAUAUGACGUUACAAUCGGAAUGGUCCUCUGUAGCUCAGCUGAUAGAGCACAGCGCUUGUAAUGCCAGGGUAGUGGGUUCGAUCCCCGGGACCACCCAUACACAAAAAUGUAUGCACGCAUGACUGUAAGUCGCUUUGGAUAAAAGCGUCUGCUAAAUGGUAUAUUAUUAUUAAAUACAUUUUUGAACAUCGUCUGUAAGUUUCACUAUAACGUUAUUAUGACUUAUGUGGGGACUAAAAUAACUUUGUGGUCACGUCCUGGAACUUAAUUUUGUUAGCUGGGUUUGCAUCUCUGAACUCAUAAUGAUAGCUCAUCUUUGUUUCCCUGGUGCACAAUACACCGAACCUAUUCUAUUUAUUGGGAGACAUGAAUGUCUCCCUAAACACACAUAUGUCUAUGGCUAAAAGGGUCUUUUGUAUGCUUUUGUUGAUGAAAGCUACUUUGGAAAUGUUAGGUCGUACCUCUGUAUCCUUUACCUAUAUCAGUGUAACAGGCUAGCCUUUGAUCGAGGCAGGGAGUCAGUCUAUGUGUUCUUGUGACCAUUCUGCACCUGCUGGUAGCUGCUUUGCCUGAGUGAGUUAAAUCCCACCCUCCCUUUCUCCUGGAGGCAGAGGCUGCCAUGGUUUGAUGAACAAGACAGAGAAUUAGUUUGUUCGCAUUCAGAGUUCUUACUAAAAGCCUUAGCAAUGGAGCUGUAGUAGGCUUACCAGCUAAUGUACAGUCGUUUGAAAGAACAUACAUAGCAAUGCAUUAUUCCUACAGUAGACUAUAAAUUAGUAAAGUAGAGUAGUAGACCACCUCCCCCUCUGGUUUCUGGAAAUUUCCAUAAGCGCUUUAAAGUCCUAGGGGUAAGAAGGCUUCCCUUAUCUCUUGUUAAUCAAGCGGUAGCCAGCUAGCGAGGCUCUCUGUGCUGUGUGGAAGACUAAUCUGUCAGAUACCAAAUGAUGAUUAGCUUUAGGGCUGCUUCCAAGUCAGGCGCUCUGAAAUUAUUGGCCUCAGAAGAGAGGGACAGAUUAAGAAACGCUUGAGGGUUUUGAGGGGUUUGCUCAACUCCAAAAGGCUGCUAAGGUCACCCUAUACCCUAUAGCAUUAACUUAAUUUAUAGCAUGAAUUCUGAAAGACUGCCUCAAAAGAAGCUUUCAUAAAAUAUUUCACAGUAUAUUAAAUUCUACAGUACAAAGCAUGUGGUUUAUACAGACCAGUAGCACAUCCAAUACGUGGAAGUACUGGAUCUAAAUCCCUCAUUCUCUUUGCUCUGGGAGGUCUCUAGUGGGCGUGGGUGAGUUUAGCCUUCAGGCCUUUCUGCAGCCGCAGCCCACCCUCGGCCCAGGUUGGGAUCACUCUCCCUGGGUGUCUGUAGAGCAGAGCUCAGGCUGGGUGGUGGAGCUGUAGAGGAGGGCCCCAGGCAGCCAGCCCAGGCAGCCAGGCAGGACCUUUAUCUGGAUCAGGAAUGCAGAAAAUUUGGAAACAAUUGGGGAGUGAGAGCCAGGGCUUUCAGAGCCCUGAGGUGACAAAGGUUUUUUUCCUCGGGGAGAAGACGUUGGUGGUGGGAGGUGGGGAACUAGCUAGUACCGCUGCUGCUGGGGUGAUGUGCCUGAGAGGAAAAUAAAAAGGCCUCUUAACCGGGUUAGGGGUAGACAGGCCGAUUACACAACACAGACGCCCGGCGAGAGAGGAAUGCAGAGUGCCAGGAAUGGAGGGAGCAGGAUGGAUGAAGAGAUAGAGGGAGGAGAGAAGGCGAUGGAAGUAUUAGUGGCUCUUAAUGGGUUCUGGCAUGUUGAUAAAAAGACUUGAGACGUGAAUAUAACAAUGGGAGAUGUAAAGGGAGUCUGUAAGUGGCUUAGGUUGUCUUCUAUUGGCCAGUUUUCAUGCUUUUCCAUUGGCUGUGCCUGUGUCCUUUAUCCAUCCACAGCCCGGUCAUGUUUUGUUGACCGAAAGAUGCCUCCCUCCCCCUUCACCCACUGACUGUUUUUGUUUGAAGUUAAUCAUCUCUCACAACGUACCUCAGACAAAACAAUUCCACUCCCACAAACUAGCGGUCAUACACUGUUAAACCCUACAAUCAUUUUUUUACAGUAGAGUAUAGCAGUUACAUUGUGCCAAGAAAUGCAGACAAAACCAGAAGAAAACAUCUUGAGAUGUAUGCUUUGCACUCUGUAUGAGCCCAGCCCAGAUAUAAGCCUAAGCAUUGAGUGCUUUGUCCUCAGUGUGUGCUGUGCUGUGUGCUGCAACACAUACUGAUGCUGCCGAGGUAAAUAGAAUGUGCAAAUGCUAUUAAAGGAACAAUUCAUUAGAACUCCACAUUAAAGUGCUAAUCAAUAGAGCUGCAUUAAACUAUUAGGGCUGCAGACACACACACACACACUCACAUACACACAUACACAUACACAGCUCCAUCUCUGGAAACUCUCUGCAUGUUGUACCAGUAAUACAAAGCAGCUCCUUUCACAGCAACAAUGUGAAUAUAAUUAAAACCGGAACUGAUUUGGAUAAUGCCAAACACUUCAGCACACACACAGGGACCAGGAAGGGAGAGGCAACACAUAUUUAUCAAACAUCCAAAGUCUUAUCUAUGCUCUGUUGAUGUGUGCUGUCUGCAAGGCCAGAGAAUUCAACUGGCUUUGUUUAACUAGCCAAACACUGGGCAGUUGUUCUGCUUGUAUCUGCACCCCAUUGGCUGUUUUGUGUUUUUACAGGGAUUCCUUAUCUUUUGUUACACUUUAGCGCAUUCAAUUAUUUUCUCUUGUUUUCCCUGUUGCUUUAAUCUCUGGAAUUAAAACAAUGGGAGAUAAAACAAAACAUAUUUUUAGGAUGUGUUCUUCCUACCUAAGACAGAUUAUAAACUGGGUGGUUCGAGCCCUGAAUGCUGAUUGGCUGACAGCCAUGGUAUAUCAGACCGUAUACCAUGGGUAUGACAAAACAUUUAUUUUUACUGCUCUAAUUACGUUGGUAACCAGUUUAUAAUAGCAAUAAGGCACCUCGGGGGUUUGUGAUAUAUGGCCAAUAUACCACGGCUAAGGGUGUUGCGUCGUGCGUAAGAACAGCCCUUAGCAGUGGUAUAUUGGCCAUAUACCACACCUCUGGCCUUAUUGCUUAAUUAUACCUCACAUGAUUGAAGCGCAGGGUUGUUUAGAGAUAUGAUAGAAUAUGAUAGAAUAUAGAUAGUGUUCUAUUUAAUUCUGUGGCUGUCCAGAAUUCUUCUUCUUCUCCUCCUAACUCUCCCCUCUUUCCCCCUGUCUCCCCCCCAGCAGGCCUGGCCCAGUGGCACCCAGCAGAUACUCCUACCCCCGGCCUGGCAGCAGCUUACCCACACCUCGGUCCAGCACGCCACCGUCAUCCCAGACUCCAUGAUGGCCUCACAGCCCCUGGCUAACUGGAGGUAAGGAACAUGCCUCCUCCUUAUGUAGCACAAUGUAAAUUGUAUAAUUUUUGGAAAUCCAGUGGGCAUCUGAAAAAAUGCAAGACACUACCAUAACAAAUAAAUCAAUCAAAACCUAUAGGACCAGAAUAGACAUUAAAGAUUAGACUUGGUCUCACAUACCAGUUGUGUACAGUAUAAGCCUGGCAUAUCUAUAAGUGAAGCCAAAUGACAAAGGUACAGCAGUUUCAUUGUAGCCUGCAAUCCUAUUUUAUAUCCUCAAUUUCACCACGAUGAGACAGAGCGUAUCACUUUGGAUUCCAGGCUAGUUUCAUUGACCAACUGUGUAUAAAAGCCUGGUCAACAGCGGAAGUUUGGAUGUAUACAAAGUGCAGAGAGGAUCAGCACAGCAGUGUCCUGAUUGACAGAGGAGCAGGGCCUUGUGACAGGCUCUCAAAGGGCUGCUAUGAAUCACAGUCUAUAAGUGAACAACGAGGCUUUUAUAAGGGCACAUUUACCUCAGGGAGAUGAGAUGUAUGCACAUAAAAGGACAUCAUCCCACGCAUGGCGUGUCACAUGGAUCACAUGUUAGAUGGAUGGUGCCUGCAGGAAGAUAAGCAGGAUGCAGGUAUAUGAGUGUGUUUGCGUGCGUGUGGAAUUUAGCAGUGCCCGUCUAAGGACAGAGUGGUGGCCAGACACGUCUCUCAAUUUCUCUCUAUCCCUCCCCCUCUCACAAUUAAAUUCAAUUCAAUUUAAGGGCUUUAUUGGCAUGGGAAACUUAUGUUAACAUUGCCUCUCUCUCCGCCCACAGCUCCAUUGUCCUCACAAAGAUGAUUGUGAAAGUGUCACACUUCUCUGCAGAGCUAUCCCUCUACAGCUUCUGCUGUCAGCUCCCCAUGCCCUCCCCUCUCUUCCUCUCUCUUUAUCCCUCUCUCUCUUUUCUACCCUCUGUCUCAUGCGGUGACUGCUGCCACCCACAGGCUCCUCUGAGAAAUACACAUGCUUUGUCUAAACUCUAGUCCCUUAUAUGAAGCAGUGUGUGUGUAUGUGCAGUUAUAGAGAUUAAAGUGGGGCAAGUUCACAAUGACGGUGUUUCUCCAGAUAUAAUAUUCAUAUUUAAACUUAAACACAUACACAUAGAAUACAGGUUCAGAGUAGUGAUGGGACAUUCUGUUGUGUUCCAGGAAUUCUCACCAGCACAGCGGCCAUUACAAUCCCAUCAUGCAACAGCCGGCACUGCUGACUGGCCACGUCACCCUACCAUCCAACCAGAACCAGCCUCUCAAUGUGGGCGUGGCCCAUGUGAUGAGGCAACCGUUGACCAAUAACAACAACUCUUCUUCCAAAAAGAACAAGCAGCAUCAGAUGACUGCCAGGUAAGCACAACUAGGAUCUCCUACACAACUAGGACCUCCUACACAGCUAGGAUCUCCUACACAACUCGUUUUCUCAACUAGGAUCUCUUAAGGUCUGAACACAAAACAGUCAGUGACCGGCCAUCACCUGCAGUUGACCGGUGCUUCUGACUUUCAACCUUCAACCAAUCAGAACACAAGGUUGCUUUCCCCAUGUGAAGACGAAAGAAAUGCAAAUAAUCUGUUGGCUGUUGCCUGGCCAGUGUCUUAAGUAUUGUUAUUAUGUACAUACACAGGACCUUUUAAUUAUGUAAGAAGUAUAUAGUAGAUGCCAUCUGCUAUUAGGCUGUAGUUGUUGCCAGAGCAACCUAACCUAAUAAUGGCUCAUCCCUCUCUCAUCUCUCUCCCGCCAGGAAUGUGUCUGCCUACGAGGUGUCCUCCUCCCAGGCUGUACUAUCCCCACAGCGCUCCAAGCGGGUGAAGGAGAACACCCCUCCACGCUGUGCUGUGCUCCAGAACAACGGCCCCUCCUCCGGCUCCGGCUGUGGACCCCCCCAGGGCUGCGGAGGGUGGGGAGCGGGCGAAGCAGAGCAGGCCUCCAGCACCACCCAGGACCACCACCAGCACCACAACAGGCCGCGUCAGACCAUCAUCAUCCCUGAUACACCCAGCCCCGCCGUCAGUAUAAUCACCAUCAGCAGUGACACGGACGAGGAGGAUGAUCACAAGCAGAGCAACACCAACCAUACCAGGUACAGGUCAGACAUUUUGGGUCAGACAUGACACACAAGCAGAGCAACACCAACCAUACCAGGUACAGGUCAGACAUUUUGGGUCAGACAUGACACACAAGCAGAGCUCUGGGAGCUAGGGUUUAGUACACAACAGGAGGCCAUUUUUAGUGCAUGUUUAGUGUCAGUAUUGACAGAGUUGGGUUUGAUUUCAUUUCAGUUCCAGCCAAUUCCACCCGGCACAGCCAGAAGUGGACUGGCCACACCUCAGAACCUGGUUCCUCUCUAGGUUUCUUCCUAGGUUCCUGCCUUUCUAGGGAGUUUUUCCUAGCCACCGUGCUUCUACAUCUGCAUUGCUGCUCUUUGGGGUUUUGGGAUGGGUAUCUGUAUAAGCACUUUGUGACAACUGCUGAUGUAAAAAGGGCUUUAUAAAUGCAUUUGAUUGAUUGAUUGAAUUCAGUAAUAAGAUUGGACAUGAUUGGCAUAAGGGAAUUUAUCAUUGAAUUGAUCUGAAUUCACAAGUUAUUAUGGAAUCGACACAAACAUUGGUCAGUAGGUUAGCAGGCUGAUGAGUACUAUAUGUAGCAUUAAAUAGAGUGCAUCCUCCUCCUUGCAGCUUGUCCAAGCAUAGGAAGAACGUCAUCAGCUGUGUCACGGUACACGACUCCCCCGACUCGGACUUGUCCAGUAACAACAGUCCCUACGCUGUAGAGUCCAGGCUGCCCAACAACAACGGCUACCAUGACUCCAAGACCACCCUACUGGACAACUACAGCAACGGCAACAACCCUCGCACCAUCAUCAUCCCCCCUCUGAAGAGCCAGUCCAGCGAGGUGCUGAGUGAGUGUGAGCGCCUGAUGCCAGGUAUCUACACAGAUAUCUACACAGGUACCUACAGAGAUCCACACACCCACGUAGACAAGGAGGGAUGGUUGAUACUCAUCUAGAGUAUAGGAAAUACUAUAUAUAGAUAGUUUUUUAUUUUAGUUGAAUAUGAUCAUUAUUUGAAACAAAUUGUUUCAAAUGUAUCCAUUAUUAUCAUUGUCGGUACUCCAGUUGACCCUUCGCUAAGCCCCGCCCCAUUGGUUACUGUUGCUACCUCGGUCAACGAUUGGUGUUUUGUGUUUGUAUACUGUACUCAUAUGUUAUUUUCUUGACCUGGUUUGACCUUUUGAUCUUGUACCAUUUUAUGCUUCAGAUGCAAUGAAUCAUCAGAAUUCGGCGUACAAGUUCAAAACCUCCAACGGCGUGGGUAUGAUGUCUGGCAACAACCACCUUUCGGCGGGCAUGGCUUACCGACAGCAGCGCUUGGGGCCACACCCCUUCCAGCAGCAGCAGCCUCUCAAUCUCAGCCAGGUAUGGAGAGAGAGCCAAGUAAGAACCCAUCUAAAUUAUCUCUAUCAUUUACUGUGUGGAAAGUUUGUCUCUGUGAGACUGGAAUUUGGAUUUCACUGACUCCAUCCUCGUGUCUCUCCCUCUCAAGGCCCAGCAGCACAUGGUAGCUGAGAGGAACGGAGGCCACCGGCGCCAGCAGGCUUACAUCACCCCCACCAUCGCAGCCCAGGCCCCCUACUCCUUCCACCACCACAACAGCCCCUCUCACACUGCCAAUGUGCACACCCACCUGGCUACCACCCACCUGCCCGGCCAGCCCCACCUUUAUACCUACACCGCUGCGCCCGUCGCCCUGGGCUCCACAGGCACCGUGGCCCACCUGGUGGCAACUCAGGGCUCGGCCCGCCACACGGUCCAGCACGCCACGUACCACACACCGGGCAUCGUCCACCAGGUGCCCGUCAGCAUGGGGCAUGGCGUGCUGCCCUCGCCCACCCUCCACCACAGCCAGUACCAGGCCCAGUUUGCUCACCAGACGUACAUCAGCGCCUCGCCUGCCUCCACUGUCUACACUGGAUACCCGUUGAGCCCCACCAAGGUGAACCAGUACCCUUACCUCUAGAGCCAAGCCAACACACUGGAGACCCAGACCUCCCCAGACCACAGCACUGCUGAUGCUGCUCACCCCAUGUCCUCCCUCCCUAUCCCCACUCCACGGACAGAGAGAUAGAGAGAGAGACAUGCAUUCUUUAUGAAACUGUCACGUUUAACUUGAAGAUAUAACGACAGAGAGGAAAAGGGAAAUAAACUGCCCCUCUAAGGGAAAGGAGGGGUGGAUUCUUUCUCCAAAAGGGCCAGUUUUGCUUUGUUUUCUCUCUAGGUGUAUUUCUUUUUCUCAUUCUUUUACAGCAAGGUCUUCAUAACGGGCCUUUGGGAGAGAUGGAGGGUUUCUGUUCUUCUAAAACAGCUUUCUGUUUUGUUUUUCUUUCUUGAAUUGGGAACUGACUGUUUUAACAAGGGGCCCCUUUCUGGAUGUUGGAAUUCCCAAUGUGAGAAUUCCCAUGAGAAUUCCCGUGAGGAGUUGGGAAUGAAGGUGAAAUACGGAAACCUGCUGCUCUUCAAAGAAGAAGAAAAAUAACGAUGGCCUUGAACUGUCUUAAACAUUUCCAAAUCAUUCAAUGUGUGGGGGAGAGAGAACAAAGCACCCCUCCGCCCCCACCCCUCCUUCUCCAACAGACAACCGGAGUCAGGAGUCUUCUGGAAAUAUAACCAACGAAAGACAAAAAAACAUUCUAAUGUAUUUAUAGGUAUUUUCCCUUAGUUUUUUUGUUCUCACCUUUUUGAGGAGACUUAUGUUUUUGGUAUACGAGUCUUAGCUGGGCCCUGUUUUUAGAAUGUAGCAGUCUGCACCCAUAUUAUUUUAUGAAGAGCUUUUUCUGAUACCAAUAGAAUUGAUUUGUUUCUCGUUUUUCAAUGUGAUUUCACAAAGUGGUUAGAAUAACAUAGGCAUGUACAACGUGAUUGUCUGUGUGUGCGUGUGCUACUGUCAGCCAUGUGUGUGUAGUCCAUCUCCUCUUGCACCUUUGUGCUAUAAUUUUCUGAAUCCUCCGCAGUCUUAGGUUUGACCAUUGUUCCCUUGUAGUGCCUUACAGAUAUAACGACACAGUUUAUGUCGCUGGAACCUUGAGAACUAACAGACUAGCUGGAACUGGUUCCUUGGUUUGACAUGUUAUUGUCGGGGCAGUUUUGAUUUCUUUUCCAGGUGUAGGCUUAUUUCCUAGCUCUGUUUCCUAUCCUUAUGACAGUAUACUACAGAGUUCAGAGGUCAGAGUUCAUAUUUGCCUGACCUUUGGCUUUUUUGUUAAGUGUGCAUGAGUUUAACUUGCUUAGGGUACUGAACCAAAGUCGUUAGAUCAAUCCUCGUUAUGUUGUGUGCUGGAUAUUAAUGUUAAUAUGUGUACAGUAUAGCUGUAAGCCUUUAUCACCGUGGGAUCCAUACAUACGAUGGCUUAAGUUUGAGAUGUGUUACUUUGUUUUUAUAUCACACAAGGUAAUUGGUUCACAGGAAUGAUAGAACAGAGAAGUAUUAGCACAAGGAUUCAUUUUGGGGUCAUGGAAAAUGCAGAAAUACAAGAAUGUGACUGUCAAAAACAUUUAUGUGAUGAGUUCAACAUAGGGCGAGGGUGACAGUCCAGAGUUCGACAAAAAAUAGGAAUCUAAGGUUAAAAGCUAAGCCAGUAGAAAGGCCUGAUGGGAAGUUGUGGUUGCUAUGGCUGAGAUCUUGAGAAGGCCAGUGAGAGAGAGUCUGGUUGGUUGCAGUGAGGAAGCAGAGUAUUGAAGGCUGGUGAGAUGGGUUGCUUGGUAGGAGUCAGACCUGGGUUGAAAUAAUAUUUGAAAUCUUUCA